CACAAGAAGCGUCCAAACCCAGAGCUUACCUGGAAGGCUGCAACCCGUUCUGCACCGACACGACAUAGUAACACCGCACCACACCACACCACACUGCAUUGCACUGCAGAAUGUCGCUCCCGCCCUCGAUCCAAAAGCUGAGCAGCAGCGACGACGCGGCGGUGGAUGAAGUCUGCAAGACGUACGGCAUCAGUAGGGAGCAGUUCCAGCAGUUGCAGCGCCGCAGUGAGGCGGCCAAGUCGACGGCUUAUUGCCCCUACAGUAACUUCCGCGUCGGCGCAACCCUGCUUUCGAUCGACGACAAGAACUCGUACAUCAGCGGCGCCAACGUCGAGAACGCCUCGUACCCAGUCGGCACGUGUGCCGAGCGCGUGGCCCUUGGCAAGGCCGUCACUGAGGGUCACCGGCGAUUCAGGGCUCUCGCCGUGUCUACGGACAUUAGCCCGCCGGCGAGCCCGUGUGGCAUGUGUAGGCAAUUCAUCCGGGAGUUUUCCGACUUGCACAUGCCCAUAUUUAUGUUCGACAAGGACAAUGACUUUGUGGUCAUGAAGCUUGAGGCUCUGUUGCCACUGUCAUUUGGGCCGGAACAGCUACCCAGGGCGGGAUCUGCGGGGGCGGCGAAGUAGCUACCAAAGAGGCGGUUUUUUAGUAUACUGAGUUCAUCAACAUGAAAGUUGGCCACACACCACCAUUUGGGCGAUACCACUACCUAAUCGAGAAAUUAUCCUUUGUCAUAUGCAUGGCUACUCGGUCUCGCUUUACCUUGGUCGUAGCGGUUGUCAUGAUCAUGAGACGACAGUUUGACUGCUCAAACAAGUGCAUGACAGAGUUGGCUAUUUCGCUUUCGGUGAGUUUGUCAACUGACAGCUCUGUGGGGUUAUGUAAG